AUCAAGUAUGGUGGCAUUUAUGUUAGAAUCAAAAUAAUAAUUAUCCAAAUCAGUGAUUUUAUCGCAAUGUUGUAUAUUAAAUGUCUUGAGGUCUUAUUGCUAAGUAUUAUAUCGUUUAUUUUCAUGUAUAUCAUACUAUAUAUCAUACUAUAAUAGUAAAAUAUGAUUUAAAGUUGAAAUUUAUAAUUACAGGCACUUACAUCUACAGGAUUGAGGGAAAAUGAUCCGCGUCUGGCAGAAUGUUUUCAAGGGUUGUCUCGGUAUCAAUCGUCCGGGAGAUUUCAGGACGGUGAUAUGUCUAAGUUCGGUCCAACCAUAGAUCGUGAAACUUUUAAACAAUGUAUAGCAAAGAAUAUAUCCCUGAUCUCAACUGCGUUUAGGAAUGAGUUUAUCAUACCAGAUUUCAGCCAGUUUUGCAGUGAUAUAGAUGAACUAUACUGGCACUGUAGAGAAAACAUUAGUGGAAAUGUAGCAACGUAUAUACCUCAGCUAGCUAGAUAUAGUCCUAACUUCUGGGGAGUGGCGGCGUGUAGCGUAGAUGGACAGAGAUAUUCUGUAGGUGACACAAAUGUACCAUUCUGCUUACAAUCAGUAUCAAAACCUUUGACCUAUGCCAUGGUGUUAGAUGACCUUUCACCAGAGGUCAUCCAUGAAUAUGUAGGUCAUGAACCCAGUGGCGUAGCUUUCAACACUAUCAACUUAGACUAUAGAGACAAACCACACAAUCCUAUGAUAAAUGCGGGGGCUAUUGUUGUAUGUAGUUUAUUAAAACAGACAUACAAUCUUGCUGACAGGUUUGACUAUGUUACUCAAGUUUUAAAGAGAUUAACUGGUGGGGAAUAUUUGUCUUUCAAUAAUUCAGUAUUCCUGUCUGAAAGGGAGACUGCUGACAGAAACUUUGCUCUUGGUUAUUACAUGAGAGAGAAAAAGUGUUUUCCAGAAGGCACAAAUCUCAUGGAAGUUAUGGACUUUUACUUUCAAUUGUGUUCCCUGGAGAUAACAUGUGAGUCAGGUGCAGUUAUGGCAGCUACUCUAGCUAAUGGAGGAAUAUGUCCUAUCACAGGUGAUAAAGUAUUUUCUUCUUCCUCCAUGAGGGAUACAAUGUCGUUGAUGCUUACAUGUGGCAUGUAUGAUUACUCUGGUGAAUUUGCUUUCAAGGUUGGGCUUCCAGGAAAGUCGGGUGUGUCUGGUGGUAUAAUGCUGGUGGUUCCCAACAAGAUGGGCUUCUUUGUCUGGAGCCCGGCUCUUGAUAAAUGGGGGAACAGUGUUAGAGGCGUACAAUUUGCUAAGGAUUUGGUUAGCAAAUUCAACUUUCAUCACUAUGACAACCUGAAAUUUACGCAGAAGAAAGUAGAUCCUUGCCUGAAGAAGAUAGAAUCUCGCGCUACAGAGGUUGUAAAUUUGCUAUUUAGUGCUUACAAUAGUGACGUAUCAGCACUAAGGAGAUAUGCUCUGAGUGACUUAGAUAUGGAUCAGGCAGAUUAUGAUGGAAGGACAGCUUUACAUAUAGGGGCAGCUGAAGGUCAUGAGAAUGUUGUACGUUUCCUCAUAGACAAGUGUAAAUGUAAUCCCUUUGUAAUAGACAGAUGGGGUUUUACUCCAGUGGCUGAUGCUAAACGGUUUGGCCAUAACAAGGUUGUUGCAAUCCUCGAACACGCUAUGGAGAAUUAUAAUGCUGAUGAUAAGAUUGAUAGAAGGUUUCAAGCCAUAGACAGUACAAAGUACGGAGAAAUCACGUUUAAACGGGACGACACGUACACAGGUGACAGUACGAUGAAAUUUGAUAAAAACAAAUACGUUGACGACGGUGAUGUUAUAUAUAACAUUGAUUGCGCCCAUGCAGAAUUACAACCUCAUGUCCUUGUUGAGGAUAAUGAAAACACCGGUGAUGAAGUGAGAUGGGCUGAGGCAAGCUUCGAAGAAGAAAAAUUGGCACAAUUUGAUCCUGAUAACAAUGAAAAGAUAAUUGUUGAAAAGGAUGAAAGUCACGAUCCUAAUAAAGAUAAGACUGGUGAUUCAGGUAGUGAAAGUAAAGAUGGUGGAAAUGAUUUUGGGAAAGUGUUGUAAAGCAAUAUCAUGAUUCAUAAAAAUAGUAUGAUUUUCAGAGUGAACUGGAUUUUACUAGUAUAUAGAAGCUGUUAUAUGCUCUACUAGUGAGCCAUUGUUCGAACCCACGGGUACUGAUUUUCGCUUAACUACAUUCAAAUGAAGUGUAUACGUAACAAGUACACAUGGGUUACCAAGGUUGCUAGUGAGCAAAAUCAUGCAAAGCCUAUCCUGCCCGGUGUCUGUGUUAUGUCCACAUAAUUUAUAUAUGCAUAAUCUAUGAUGCAAACUGUUUUAUGUUUAAAUUUUAAUUACUAGUAUAUGUUUGUCAUUUUAUGUAAAAUUGUUGGACGUUUGAGUUUUUCAUGAUAUUCGUAAAGCAAUUGCUGCUGUAUAAAUGAUUUUUAUCUCAGUUUAGUCUUUCAUUUCGCUAAGUUAAUCAUGCUGUCCCCUCUAUCAGCAGUUUGUAUAAGAAUCCCUUACAAUAGGAAAUAAAAUAUUGUGAUGCCAAUGCACAGCGCUGAAGUAAUUGUAUAUUUAUUAUCUUGUUAUACAUGUAUCUCUUAUAACAAGGACAAAGGACAGUGAAUCUCCAUGUAUGUUGAUGUUAAUUAAAGGCAUGUUAUGCCCCACAAUUGCUUUUUUUGUAUUUAAAAAAAACAAAAAAAACUUUUAUUUGUGGUGACUUGUUGUAGAUUACAAAAGGUUACUUGUACUUAUUGGCCAACUACCUGAACCAUUUUAUGCUUUUGUUGCUUUUUUAGCAUUUAGUUUUCUUAUAUUGUUUUUACUAUUUUGUAUGGACAUCAAAAUAUUGUAUGACCAAUUAUUUCACAGUAAGUAAUACUUUCUUCAAGUGAUAGGUGUCUAUUAUGCUUAAAAAGCAUUAUUUAGACGUUAUAAAAUUCAAAUUUGCCCUUUUCUAAAGAAGGACAAAUUUUUGCAUUUCUGAGAAAAAUCGUUGACUCACAAAUAUAUAUAUAAAUUAUAUAUCAUGUAUAUGACAAUCAUUUUAUAUCUUUUGCAUGGAUAUGAUGAAGAAUGUACAUUGCUUUUUUAAAGGAACUCCACUGAUGUCAAAAAGCCUACAAACAUUAAACAUGAAUUUCUUAAACAGGUCAGCUGGGAUAUUCAAUAACAGGAAGAUAUUCAAAAGAUAAUUUAAAAAUAUACUCAGAAAUAAAAUGAAUACUGUAUUUUGGUGCUAUUCUUAGCCCGAUUUGAGUGAAAUGUGUUGCAAUGGUUUACUAUUUUGAGACAUUUUUCACCAGUAGAAUGAUUAUUCUGGAAAAACGGAGUGAGCCAAUGAUAUGAAAUUUUGCACACAAGUUAUUGGUCAAUAAUCAAAUGGAACAUUAAUUUUGAGAAAAUAUGUCCAGUCCCGUCAUGUAAAAAAACCUGAGUGGUGUCCCUUUAACACUUACCCUUAACAAGUGUGAUGAAUUUGCCCUGAAACAGUUCAUUUUAAGUUCAAAGAAUUUGAAUAUUAUGGUAAAAAAAUGGUGACCUGACUCUAUACAGGCAGUAUAGGCUUAUCAGUAGGUCACAGGGUUUAAUAUAUUUUUGUUUCACUCUUUGUAUAUCCAUAGACUGGCUGUUGCCACCAAUGUACAAUCAUGCCAGUUGCAACAUAUCGUAAAGUGUCAGUUUCAAAUUUUCUUAGAAAGUUAGAAUUAUUGAAGUCCUUUACUGAGUUACCUGAAUAGAUUUACAGUGUCAAUACCUACAGAUUGUUGCUUAAAGUAUAAAUUUUAGCUUGACAUCAUAAUUGAUUUUUUUUCAUAAUAAGGUCUACUUUUACUGUGUCCAUUACUUUAUAAGUCGGGCAUACUGUCUCCUCUGACAGCUCUUGUUUUUUUUUUGUGAUGUGAAUCCCACUUAUUACAUUUGUUACAUUACAUUUAUUUUGCUUUAAUAUUUUUGUAGAAUUUUGUAUGGGAAAAUGCAUCAGAAACCUCAAUUUUUGUAUGUAGAUUUUUUAAAACAAGUAGAAUUUUUAACACCCUAUCUUGCUUGUUCUUAAAUCUGAAAUUAUGCGGACAAUUUGAAGACACUUGUAUUUAUAAAACGCACCAGAAGUCUACAUUUAACAUGCAGAUGUUUUUUCCUAAGGAAGAACUAACAGACCUCACUUGAGGAGGAGGGGAGAGUGUUCAAUGGUUAUUUCAAAUUUGAGCACUCCUAUCAAAAAAUUACUUGAUCUAAGACUUCAUUUUAAGAGAAAUUAUACUGCAAUGUUUGUUAGUUUUGAAAGGAUACAGAUCUGAUGCCAUUCCUUUGUUUCAUAUUAUGUUUAGACAUUUUAUUCUUUUCUAAUCUUUUUAUAUCAUUUUGUGCUUAGAAGAUAUUUUGUUAUUUUAAUUAUAUUUUACAUCUUUAAUUAUAUUUUACAUCUGUGAUGUUUUUUGCUUUUUUAAAUGUGUUUAUUUUUUAUGCCCCCGAAGGGUGGCAUAUUAAAAUUGAACCAUCCGUCUCUCAAUCCGUCCGUCCUGUUUUAUACAUAUAGACAGUGGUGAUCGUGUCCCUUUUGAAACUUCAGUAUGCAUGAAAGGAUUUUAAUUUUUCUUUCAUAUAUAUAUAUAAUAACCAUAGAUGUAUGGUGUGUCACAAACAAGACUCGGGUUUCUACCACUAAGGUCAAGGUCACUGUGGAGGUUCAAACUUUGUCAUUUUUUAUAUUAUAUAAAUAUAGAUGGUGGUGGUCUUGUCCGCUCUGAAAAUUAAGUGUGCAUGAAAGGAUUUUAAUUUUUCUUUCAUAUAUGAAAUAACCAUAGAUGUAGGGUGUGUUGCGAACAAGACUCGGGUUCCUACAACUAAGGUCAAGGUCAUUGUGGAGGUUCAAACUUUGUCAUUUUUAUAUUAUAUAAAUAUAGAUUGCAGGGAUCGUGUCCGCUCUGAAACUUCAGUAUGCAUAUGAAUAACCAUAGAUGUAUGGUGUGUUGCAAACAAGACUGGGGUUUUUACGACUAAGGUCAAGGUCACUCUGGGCAUUCAAAUUUAUAAGGUGGUGGUUGUGUCCGCUCAGAAACUUCAGUAUGCAUGAAAGGAUUUUAAUUUUCUUUUACAUUUAAAAUAACCAUAGAUAUAUGGUGUGUUGCGAACAAGACUCAGGUUUCUACGAGUUAGGUCAAGGUCACUGUGGGUGUUCAAACUUUGUCAUUUUUUAUGUUAUAAAAAAUAGAAGGUGGUGGUUGUGUCUGCUCUGAAACUUCGGUAUUCAUGUAAGGAUUGUAAUUUUUCUUUCAUAUAUAAAUUUACCAUAUAUGUAUGGUGUGUCGCGAAUAAGACUCGAGGUUUCUACGACUAAGGUCAAGGUCACUUUGGGGCUCAAACUUUGUAAAUUUUGAUGUUAAUAUAAAUAUAGGCAGAGAUGGUCGUGUCUGCUCUGAAACUAAUAUGCAUGAAAGGAUUAUAUUUUAUUUCACAUAUGAAAUUAUCAUAAAUGUAUGAUGUGUUGCCCUUAAGACCAUUGUUCCUACGCCUUAGUUUAAGGUCACUGCUGGGGUUUAAACUUUUUUAAUAUUUAUGUUAUAUACAUAUAAAUGGUGGUUGUUGUGUCCACUCUGUAACUUCCAUAUACAUGAAAGUUUCAAUUUUUAUUUAAAAAUAUAAAGUCACCAUAGAUGGACAAUGUGUUGUGAACAAGACUCAGGUUUCUUUGUCUAACUUAAAGGUCACUGGGGUUCGAACUUUGUCAAUAUUUACUAUCACACUUAACGUGUAUUAGGUGGGUUAUAACUAGAAUCCUUCGGGGGCAUUUGUCAUGUUCUGUGACAGCUCUUGUUGCUAUUAUUAUAGAAAAGAUUUGCACCAUAAAUUUUAUUUAAAUAUUUUGUUACAUUUUGAUAUUUGUUUAGGUUACUUGUUUGGUAGUUUAACUACGUUAAAACAUAUACAUUAUGCUAUAUACAUGUAUUUAUCAUAUGAUUGCCAGGUAAUACAUGUUUUAUCAUAUGAUUGCCACGUAAUACAUGUUUUUUUCACAUGUUUGCCACGUAAUACAUUAAAUUGUAUAGCAAUGACACAUUAUUUUUAUUAUAUUUUUCUUCAUUUAUUGCGUGUAUAACAUGCAUGAAUACAAACCAAUAGUAACUGGCGAGUAGCCAAUAAUGGUUGAAUAUGCAUUUGAAUUUAACAAGGUAUAUAAUGUAAAGAGUAUAGAAAUAUCAUGACUUGUUACAUGUACUACAUGUACUUCUUUGUAUUUUUGCUAUCAUACAUUUUACAAGAAGAGAUUACACUCAUCAGAUCCUGUCAUAGUCAAGUUUCUUCUUAAAUAACCCUAUCCCAUCAGUCACCAAUGAAAUUGUUAUAAAACUCGCUUUAAAUAACAAUUUCUUAAACCUGUUUAGUAGAUUUUCAUAUUGAAUGAAAGGAAUUUGACAUAUGUAUGACAUAACUAAAGCUUUUUAAGUAAAUUGUUGCCAAACAAUACCUCCAUAUGAAUAGACGGGAAAUAAUGCAUGAAAAGUGACCUUGACAAUGUUGGCAUUAUCUUAAUUGCUAACAAAAUAACAAAAUGAUAUGUGCUAACUUUAGAUGUAACUGUAAUAUUUCAAGGGUUUGUUGCAAAAGAGUUGUAUCUCUUGUAAUUUAAAGAAGAAGUUACUGUAGUAAUCAUUUUGCACCAAGGUCUUGAUUUGUAGAACCCCAAAGGUUUUGUUUUAUUUCACCUUGACAUCUACGAUGCAUAUA